AUGAAAUUGCAGCAAUUAACGGCACGAAUAUCGUCCAACUCGCCAUGUGCAACGAUCCCUGAUGAAGUGGAGAGAGCCGUGAAUAUUCAUAGGUAUGCGGUAGCAUUGCUACUGCAUCCUAUAAAUACUGCAGUCGCAUGUGCAUGAACCAUCCUUAUCUGCUUACGUCUCUGAGGAUGAAUUCGAGCAGGAAACCGAAUCGUCAGGCUAAUAAAGCUCUUCUUCUUCUUGUCGCAACCGAAGGUGUUGUGUACACCCUCUCCUCACGGUUAGGCCAGUAGCUGAAUGAAGGGGAUAGGAGGGUCGAAUCACAAAUUGGAGGCGACUGAGAGAAGCGCAUUUUAAGUCGCAGUACAUGACCUCUUCAGGAGUACCUUCAGAGCUCUAGCUCGAAGUUGCCAUAACAGACUCCGUCGGCUUUGUUAGAACUUUCAAUCUAUAUGUGCAACUGACUGCCAAACGAUUGUCCAAGGUCAAUCUGGAAUAACAUCCCGAAUGCUACGGAAAAAGCCCUUCAUGAUUGUCGAAAGCUGUCUGACAACUUAAAACUUACUACAUGACGAGAGCGUUGGCCUCAGUAAUGAUUUCGCGGGCAGAGGAUAUAGAAUGCAGUUAUAAGGUGUCUCCAAGUGUUGCUAGUCAGAAAACGCUAAUCGGCUGAUGAUCUGAUCAUUCUGAAAUGCUUUUUAACGUAACUCUUUUUCUGCUAGGCAAGGACGCAGUAUGUGAUCCCAAUUAAGAAACAAAAGCCAGGUCAUCGUGAUAUAUUGCAUCAACACCUUUUCUAUAAAAAUCUCGUUCGCGCUCUCGUAGCUGGAUGGAAUUUUGUCUACGACUUUUGUAAAAAUAAACUGAAAUAUCUGAAAAAAAUGCCCAAAGUUUGCCUGCACCGGGAGAUAUCUUGAUAAUCUCAUCAUUCUCCAUGAUUGAAGCUGUGCUCCCUUGCAAGUUACUGUAGAGAAAUUCAGCGAGACGACGCAAUAAGCCACCACAACAAAAUCAUGGACUCUGGUUUUGCACACGCCAAAUAUUUGAAACGCGCGCCUUUGGCGAUGCAGCUGACAGUAGAAGGAAUGGAAUCGUGCAUACGCCUGCAUCAGCUUUAAACAGGAUCGGGUUAACUUAAGCUUCGCGUGUACCUGCCAACAUCUAGUCAAGCCAGACAUAUUGACCUACAAGAUGUGCUGACCCGAUUGACGUGUUAAAAUUUACCUGAAUUGAUAGACACAAAACACACACCUAGGCAAGCAGUCCCAGAUGAAUGUUGCGGUAGAUGUAGCUCUUACGCGUCAGUAUCGAUCCGCCUUCGACUAAACUACAAAUAAUAUUGAUCCAACUCUGAACAACUGGGCGUCUCUGUGGGAUUUUAACCCCCGACAGUAAGCCGAAAGCUUUGUACAACCAACACUAUAACCAGUUGAGCUACGCGGCCCCACCGGACGACGCGAGUGUAAUCACAUUCGAGUCAGUUUACCCGCCCAAAUGCGAUUAUACUCGCGUCGAACGCCAGGCUCCGUAUCUCAGGUGGUCGGAGCGUUGGCUGCACUAAAGCCUUCCCCAGUUUUUGACAGUUGGGUCAAUAUGCAUUGUCCAAAAUCUACCAAAACGUCUAUGAAUUACGCGAGCCUGGUUGCCAUCUGGUGAAUUGUAAGUGAUUCGCAUAGGAAAUUCUGCUUCUGUAGUCCAUUUAAAAUAUCAGAUUUGGUGGAUUUCAGAUGUUGCAGUAGGUUGUGCGGGUACGUCGACCCAAAUGUAAUUAAACUUGCGUCGUCUGGCGGGGACUCGUAGCUCACAUGGUUAUAGUGUUGGUUGUACUCAAGCCUUUCCCUUACUGUCGCGGAUUUGAAUCCCACCGAGGCGUCGAGUGUUUCACGGUUGGGUAAAUGGAAAAUAAUUAAAAAUCUGUCAAAAAACAUCUAUAAAUCACAACUGUGUAAAAAACCGUUUCACCCGACAGAUCUCCCUGUCAAUUUUAUUUGGUUCGCAAUAAAGUUGAAGGAAAUAAUAAUAAUAUUUUUUUAUUUAAGACCCGCCAGCGACAGCGACCUUAGGACAUUGUAAAGUGGCUGGUCAUUUAUUUACCUUGACUAUGCCAUGCGUACGAAUCGGCAGAACGCGAAAUGAUGCUGUGAAUUGAAGACCUUAACAAAGCGGCCCUGCAUGUGGCGUUUGCACGCUUCUUUAAUAGCAAGCCAGACUGCCUCGGAAGGACAAAAAUAUUUAUCGGUUUUGUACGGUACAUCUAAUGCAUGUUUCACGUACGUGAGAACGCUUUCCUCCUGAAGUCACACACUGUCCCUUAUCAACGGCUAGAAGUAGGGCAAUGCUAGCAAAGUGUCGUCCACAUUUAGGGUGAACCACGUUUCUGCUAAAGAAAUAACACCAGGGGAUAGAUUACAAAGCCGUAUCUUCAUGUUGUCGAGAUUUGAUUGCAAACUGUGUACGCUAAUGAGUAUUAGUUUUGAUUUCCGGCUGAUGAGAGAUGUGGUUACAUUUUGGUUAACGCCUUCACAUAAUAUGUCGGCUACUCGGUAAUUGGAACCGGUUCUGUCCAAAGAGAUACUGAAGAAUGCCGCCUUGCCUGACAUUUACAUAUGACUAAAUCGUCCUCCCCAUCGCUGAGCCUGUUUCUCAGUUCCAGAAAUAGUUGAUGACGCUUCACCAAAUUUACAAGCAAGUCGCCCGUUCGAAAAAAGAAACACCUGGCUUAAAACAUUUAUUUAUAAUUCAUUAAGCUAAAAUGUCCCAUUCUAAACUUAACGUAAUGAUUGACCUGGUCGACUUGGGUAAAAAUGUAUUUUAUUAAUUUCUUAUACGUAAUUGCGAGAAACAAUGAAAUGUCUAGAAGGAUAUAGGUUUAAAAGGGGUUCGCGAUCACCGCCCCUUCCGGCACCAGUCAAACGACUGUCCCGAUAGUAGCUGGGGUCGGAGAUUAGGAGUAGAGAGGAAGUUCCAUAACUCGGCGCUUUUUCCGCACUAUAAACAAACUGACGCUUUCGAACCUAUAACCAUGCACAUGAGUUCCGUGGCUUCGAUACCGCCUAAUGACGAAAUAACUCUGAUUUUACAAUCGGCCUAGUGUAUGUGUUUACGUGCACCACCAAAACGGGCCACCUGUUAAAUGCACUAAACCAACACGGGGGCCACAUAGGAUUCUGGCAAGCGUUAUCUGUGCGCAAUAACAAAUGCCAACAUUUGCAGGGUGCGCUGGCAGAUCCUGUUAUCGACAGUCGCCGCACAACUGGGACCCCUGCCAUCACUCAAUUGUUUUGUGCUAAAAAUUCUGGUCAUUAGUUGCGUGGACCAGGGGGUGCGGAGUCUAACGCCAAGGUGAGGAUCCGUCCGAGUCAUCCACUUGCGGCCUCCCUCAUCUCCGGUCUUCUUGACUCUGUCUUGACACCAGGCUUUUGCGGGGGAGGAGGAGAGAGUGUAAGUAGAUGCAGCAAAAGUCUAGUGAAACUAUAAACUCUGCUUUGAGGCACACGGUGGAUAUCGUCGAAAUCGACGGUCAAACUGUCGUCUGUGUGUGUAUGUGUGUGUGUGUGUGUGUGUGUGUGUGUGUGUGUGUGUGUGUGUGUGUGUGUGUGUGUGUGUGUGUGUGUGGGGUGUAGGGGUGACCAGCGGUGGGUUCACGUGAUGGUCGUAGUGGUCGCUCACUUGCUUGCAGGUGAGACUACACCUAGCGUCCAUUUGCUGGCACCCAACUCUCACCUGUGGCUCCACGUAGCUGGGCUCUGCUCAGCGGCCACACCCCGGGCAACCGUCUCGACCGGCGGGCUAAACCAGGUGAGGGCGCUGUGCACUUGUGCCGAGUGCACAGCGUACCGCGGACUCUGCCGGAUGGAUGGUCGGAUGAAACACUGCGCCGGCAUCGUCGAGACGAGGCUCUGCCUGGUACGCCGUUGGAUAACUGCUGCCGGGACGAGUCUCUGCAUCGCCUUCGCUGAGACGCGCCCACCCCCGCCGACGGAGACCGCGGACUCACGGCACAUGCGGUCGUUCUCCACUACGAACAUAAAAGUCGUGGCCCCAUAGUGGGAUUCGGUCGCGCCAACCAGGCACAUGGGCAGCCCGAUUCAGGGACGGCACUGCCUGCCCCCGCGAGGGGAAGGGCCUAGAAAAGGUGGUCUAAAAAAUGCUGGGCACCACGCCGUCUGCAGGCCAGCCAAGGCCGCAGAUGCCAUCAACACGGUCGAAACACUCAAAAUCGAAACAACAACAAUACCAAUUACAACAACCAUACUCCUUCUCCUCAUCCUACCUCUUCUACCUCAAUCACCGUCUAUUCUUCUGCCUAUUCUCCUCCUUCGUCAUCCUCUUCUCCACCUCCUUCCCGUCGCCCCACUCGUUUUCCCCAGACUGACAGGGUGAGCCCGCUCACUCUGGCAGCCUGGAAUGUUCGUUCCCUUUUAGACAAUCCGAGGAGCAACCGACCGGAACGGAGGACGGCGCUAGUGGCACGAGAACUGGCGCGCUACAAGGUGGACAUCGCCGCACUCAGCGAGACCCGAUUCUCCGAGCAAGGUCAACUGGAGGAGGUGGGUGCCGGCUACACCUUCUUCUGGAGUGGUCGACCCAGGGCAGAGCGACGAGACGCGGGUGUCGCCUUUGCCAUCCGGACUGACAUCGUGGGACGACUACCCUGUUUGCCGCAGGGAAUCAACGACCGCCUAAUGAGCCUCCGUCUGCCUCUCCGGCGAGGAGGCAAGUUCGCCACCAUCAUCAGCGCCUACGCUCCGCCGAUGACCAGUUCCGACGCCGUCAAAGACAAAUUCUACGAGGACCUGCACGCCCUCUUGGCGACUGGGUCGAAGGCGGACAAGUUGAUUGUCCUUGGUGACUUCAACGCCCGCGUCGGCACAGACCAUACUGCCUGGAGGGGAGUGCUGGGUCCUCACGGUCUCCGCGGCUCCAAUGACAACGGCCUGCUUCUCCUCCGCACCUGCGCAGAACACCGCCUCACCCUGACGAAUACCUUCUUCUGUCUGCCGGAGCGAGAGAAGGCCACCUGGAGGCAUCCUCGGUCGCGUCAGUGGCACCUGCUGGACUAUGUCCUCGUCCGGAGGCGAGAUCAGCGGGACGUGCUGGUGACGAAGGCGAUCGCGGGUGCUGACGGGUGGACCGACCAUCNGCUGCUAUCUAUGAAGCCAACCGAAUCGCCGCCGCCAAAGCGAAACGCGAAGCCCGCAAAUCACAACUUCGCCCAGUCCGCAACGCCGCCGCACAACCGCUCCCAACGUGUCCUCGAUGUCAACGGACAUUCCGGGCACGAUUCGGACUUGUUGGACAUCUCCGUACCAACUGCACCUCUCGAACUGCUCCAGCCAUCGUCCCCCCGCCCGCCUCUUCCUCGCCCUGUCUGCCGCCAACUAACUCUGACAUUCCUUCUGCACCACCAAUUCCAUCCUCCUCCACUGCCCCAGCGGCGGAUGUUCAGACUGCCGUCACACACAUCACCAACCCCGACACAACAACCGACAUCACCACCCACACCUCUCCCGAUUCCAGUGAUGAGGGUCAGGACUACACCUGCCCUCACUGUGACCGCACCUUCACCUCACACAUCGGCCUGGUCGGUCAUUUGCGAAUCCAUCGCACAGAGACUGGCGAACCAGUGCCUGGAGCACCAACCUACACCCGCCGCACUCGUCUCCACUGCCCACAAUGCCCUCGCACCUUCAGGCAUCGCAUGGGUCUAUUCGGCCACAUGCGCAUCCACGAGAGCGGAAUUGACCGCAGCCUUGACACACCCACCCCGCCAAGCCCAACUCCCAAUCCAUCAUCUUGUGCACCCACUAACCACUCCCCAGCCGACAUCGACGCCACCGACCUUACCACCCUCCACUCCUCCCCUUCCUCCUCCUAUUCCUUCAUCACUGCCACAACGACGGCCGCUUCGGCGUCUGUCGCCCACGACUUCACCACAGCCGCACCUGACACAACAACCGGCACAACCCCUGCAACCUCCAUCAUCAGACGUGAGGGCCAGGCCUACAUCUGCCCUCACAGCGAUCGCACCUCCACUUCACGCAUCGGCCUGGUCGGUCACUUGCGAAUCCAUCGCACAGAGACUGGCGAACCAGUGCCUGGAGCACCAACCUACACCCACCGCACUCGCCUCCAUUGCCCACACUGCCCUCGCACCUUCACGCUUCGCAUGGGUCUAUUCGGCCACAUGCGCAUCCACGACGACCUGCGGUAG